AUGGUCCAGUGCCACAGUAUUGUUUCUGAAUGCAACAGACCUGGAUCGCUCCCGGGAAUAUGGCCAGAGUCCAUCAUCUACUCCCUCGAAGGCUCCUCACAAUUUCGGAUCAAUGCACGUUCAGGUGAAAUCACCACGACAUCCCUGCUGGAUCGAGAGACCAAAUCGGAAUACAUCCUCAUCGUGCGGGCAGUGGACGGGGGCGUCGGCCACAACCAGAAAACCGGCAUUGCCACUGUGAAUAUCACUCUCUUGGACAUCAAUGACAAUCACCCCACCUGGAAGGAUGCUCCUUAUUACAUCAACCUGGUGGAGAUGACUCCUCCGGAUUCCGAUGUCACUACGGUGGUGGCCGUGGACCCUGACCUGGCUGAGAACGGGACUCUGGUCUACAGCAUUUACCCUCCCAACAAGUUCUACAGCAUCAACAGCACCACGGGCAAGAUCCGGACCACCAACGUGAUGCUGGACCGCGAGAACCCUGACCCCGAGGAGGCCGAGCUCAUGCGCAAAAUCAUCAUCUCCGUCACCGACUGCGGCAGGCCCCCCCUGAGGGCCACCAGCAGCGCCACGGUCUUUGUGAACCUACUGGACCUGAAUGACAAUGACCCCACCUUCCAGAACCUGCCCGCCAUCGCCGAGGUGCUGGAAGGGACCCUUGCUGGGACCUCCGUCUACCACGUUGUAGCCAUUGACCUGGACGAAGGCUUGAAUGGGCUGGUGACGUACCGCAUGCAGGUGGGGAUGCCCCGCAUGGACUUCGUGAUCAAUAGCAGUAGCGGCGUGGUGACCACCACCACGGAGCUGGAUCGCGAGCGCAUUGCGGAGUACUACCUCCGGGUCGUGGCCAGCGACGCCGGCACCCCCACCAAGAGCUCCACCAGCACGCUCACCAUCCGAGUACUGGAUGUGAACGAUGAGACCCCUACCUUCUUCCCAGCCGUGUACAACGUCUCCCUGCUGGAGGACAUCCCCCGGGAUUUCCGAGUGGUCUGGCUGAACUGCACAGACAAUGAUGUGGGACUCAAUGCCGAGCUCAGUUACUUUAUCACAGGUUCUGGCUCUCUCUCCUUUCAUUAGCUCCUCUGCCUUCCAACUCAUCCUCCCCUUUGUACCCCGCUUUGAAUGAGAAUACAACCCCUGCCUUUGAGGGACUAGAUCAUGUCUAGAGAAAUUA